GUUGACCGAGUCGCACGUAGGUCAACAAACGCGCAGGUCGUUCACGUCCACCACCCAAACUUAGGCGGAAUCGAAAACGACGAUGCCGUGAACAGAAAGCUCAAUGCAUUCGCUUCGCCCUCGGCUUUCCUUGGUGGCAGCGGCGAUGGACGGUUGCGGGAGUCCGGCGGGAAAGAGAAGGAUCAUGGUGGUCGCCGACCCGGGCCGGGAGUCGGCCGCGGCGCUCGAGUGGGCGCUCUACCACGCGGUUCUCGAGCACGACGACAUCAUCCUGCUGCACGUCGAGCCGGUGAGCGCGCGGCGCGCCUCCGCGCUCUCCUCCUUCCUCUCUCGUCCGCCCUCGGCGGUGUCACCGGUGCUGUUUCCUCAGGCCGCCGCCGUCGCCGCCGCCGUGGGGGCGGGCGACGGGUGCGGCGACUAUGAGUUCCUGGACGCGAUGAGGGCGAGGUGCCAGGCGGUGCAGCCGACGGUGAGGGUGCAGAUCGAGAGGGUGGAGAUGGAGAGCAAGGACAAAGCGGCCGCCAUUCUCACGCAGACGCAGCUGUCCCGGGCCGACGUCCUCGUCAUCGGUCAGCGCCGGAACGCCACCUCCUUCUUGGGGUGCAAGCUCAGUGGAAGCAUGUCGAGUAAAGGACCGGACACGGCAGAGUUCCUGAUCGAGAACAGCAAGUGCCUGUGUGUUGGUGUCCAAAAGAAGGGCCAAACCGCAGGCUAUCUCCUCAACACCAAGACUCACAAGAACUUCUGGCUUCUUGCUUAGAACUUAUCCAUGGAUGGAGUCGUGGAAGUCAAUGAGCAGGUGAAGCAUAGGAAGCUUAAGACAUGCACAAAACGACGGUUUACGACUGCUGAUCGCAUGAUAUAUACAUAUACAUAUACAUAUAUAUAUACAUAUAUAUAUAUAUACAUGUAUAUAUAUAUGGUUUUCUUCUUUUUCCUUCUCUCUUCUACAACCUUUUUGUGAGCUAAGGAGAGAUGCGUUGACGCAUCAAUGGUGCUCGGCAUCUUAGAACUAUGU